AUGGCUGAUGAUGCUGAAUUUAACAAGCGACGACGUGAAGAAUGCGAGCGAAAGGCAAGAAGGGGGGAAAUGGACCCCAGGUUGGAGUUCACCUUCCAACUCCUCAUCGACGGUACUGGUCUACCAAGACAUGAAAUCAUGGAUCAUGUUUUCGAAGGAGAUAUGUUGGAUGAAAUUAAUCAAUUAUUCUUACCCCACAUGAAAACUAAACUAAUGUGGUAUUAUCAAGACAUGGAAGAAGUAGAGGUUCAACCAGUAGUUGACAUCAAUAAACCUAGUACUAGUAGGCAACUACAACCAAGCACUAGUAGAGUUAAUUUAAUGCAACAACAGCAGCAGCAACAACAACAAGUUGUUUCUACAGUUAAGAAGAAACUUUUCCUAACUGACGGGACUACAACACCUCUGACAGGAAUUUGUAUUUAUAUAUUUAGAACUAAUAGUAGUAAACAACUACCGGAGGAAGGAUUUCAUAAGGACCUAUUUUGUGGCAUAAUAGAUGUUCAAAAAAUUGGUCUAGUAACCACAAUAGAGCGUAUAAUAGAACACGUUUUCAUGGAAGCUUUGGCCCAUCCAAGUCCCGAUUGUGAAGAUGACGCUGCUAAUUGUCCAAUGGUUAAGAACCAACUUUUGCCUGCACUUCGGUCUUUUUGCAGUGUUCUUAAAGUAUGUGAGGAAGUGUGCCAGGAAACAAAUCUUUUUGAUGACGGACAAAAGGUAAUGGUAAAAGUAACAACCAAUGAUGUAAAAGAAAUGGCUAAGACACCAGAUACGGUGUCCUUGUUGGAAGAAAGGGUUAAAGGCUGGAUAAAAAAGCUGUCUGAAAUUUUGAAAGAGAGCGAACAAAUACGAAGGGAAAAUGACACUUCAGGGCCUCAAGACGAACUGGAAUAUUGGAAAAAACGGGGAGCACGAUUUUCUCAAAUUUCUAGUCAAGUUACUACGUUGGAAGUGCAACUUACAAUAUUAUGUCUGACUAUGGCACAUUCAAAGGUAUUAAAGGAAUGGCGAGACACUGACAAAAAAAUUACUUAUUGUUACAAUGAAGCAAAGGACAAUGCUAAAUUCAUACAAGCUUUAGAAACAAAAUGUCACUCAUUAUAUUUAGAUAAUCCCGUGAAAAUGAAAGAUUCUAUAUUGGGGCUGUUACAAACUGUUCGAUUAAUACAUAGUGUAUCACAAUUUUACAACACAUCAGAAAGAACUUCAGCUCUUAUGGUUAAGAUAACCAACCAAAUGAUUGAAACCUGCAAGGAAUAUAUUACUUGUAGAGGACAAGAAAGUAUAUGGAAACAGGACCGGAACGUGAUGAAUGAGAAGUUGGCGCACUGUAUCUCGCUAAACAAGGUUUAUAGAAGGACUUAUUCUGUGGUCAAGAAUCAGAAUUUUAUACCAGGACAACGACCCUUUAAUUUUUCUGAAAAUUAUGUUUUUGGAAAGUUUAAUAGCUUCUGCAAACGUCUGACAAAAAUAACCAAGAUGUUUGACAUCAUUGAUGAUUUUACCAAUUUGUUUAAUAGAAGAAUGGAGGGUCUUUUACUUGGUGAUGCAUUGGACGAAACAAUACAUAAUUUUGAAGAAAUCAAAGGGAUUGUAAUGAACAAACAAUACGAUUAUUUAGAUCAAAGGAAUUUAGAUUUCGAAAAUGAUUUCAAAAACUUUCUGGGUCACAUUGAAGAACUAAAGGAGUCGAUUUCGGAAAUGAUAGAAAAAAAUUUCGAUAGUGUUUGGGAGACACCUCAAGGUAUUAAAUUCCUGACUAGAUUCGAAAAGGUUGGAGAAAAAAUACCUUUAAGUAACAUGGAAGAAAAAUACGAAAGAAUUUUAAAACAUUGUGAAAAGGAAGUAGACAGGAUUAUAAAAAUGUACAAGAAACAGAAAGAUGAUCCUCCAGUACCUCGCAUGUUUCCUCCAAUCGCAGGUCGUAUAAAAUGGGCGAGAUGUUUGGUAGCUCAUUUAGAAGAGCUUUUGUCAACUGUUACUACUCACCAUGUACUUAAAACUUUACCAACCACCGUGGAAUUGUCAAAAAGACAUAAGGCCGCUGAAAAUAUGUUAAAAUCAUAUGAAUCAGAUAUGGUGGCCAUAUGGAUGAAUCAACAUGUCUGGGAUAUUGAUGCUUGUUUGGAAAGAAAACUGUUGGCCGUCUGCCCAGAACAACAGAAACUGAAAGUCAACAUUCACAACACCAUUCCCCUGUUGAUACGAGAAACAGAAAUUAUGUUAAAAAUGACACUUCCAGUGCCUAUGGUUGCUUUAACACUUUAUUCGAAAAAGGAACAUUUCGAUUUGGUGCAGGACAACUUACAAUUUUUAUUAACUGAACUAUUAAAAGUGGUUCAAAAUGUUAAAUUAGAAGUUAGGCCAUUAUUUUUACCACAUUUGGUUCAACUGAUGAAAAUUUUAUCUCCCGGACUAAAUGAACUAAGUUGGGUUUGUGCAGAAUGGAAACAAUAUGUUGAUAAAUGUAAUGAUGCAAUAAAAAACUUUAAAAUAUUAUCCGACAGGGUACACGAUAUUUAUGCCAAUAGAGUUCUUGAAGUUUUAUCCAGCAUGCAACUAAUACAGUUGCACGCCCUUCCUGAACCUCACGAAGAACCGUGGACAGUGGAUUUCUUUUGUGAAAAAAUUGAUACCGUAUGUCGUAAUGCAGCAAGUGAGCUACACAAAAAGAGUUUAAUGGUGGAAGAAGCCGUUGAAGAAAUUCUGGAACUAAUGAAGAGGACGAAAAUUGAUGAGAAUUCAGAUGUGGGUGAAAUAUUUUUAGAAGGUAACGAGGCUGACACAAAAACUGACGCAGACAGUUCUUCUUCCCAGCAACAGUCAGAUUGGACAUUGGUAUGGGAAUGCUUCGAAAAACCUCACCUUCUAUUAAGUGGGGGUAUGGCCAAAGCUAUGGAAGACGUUGUCAAAGGAGCAGUGGGUGAAAUGAGAAAAUACUAUAGCAGAAAAAUCGUUGAUGUGCUUGUUAAGGUUACUAGACAAUCGUUAGAUGCGUUGAGAAAAAGAUUUUCGGUAGAAUAUCAAGCUGAUCGACCUCCAGUUUUCCUCCUCCAUUCCGUACUCAUGAUUCCAAAAGUGGCGGUGCAACCAAAUCUUGAAGAAGUUCAAGAUGUUUUAGUUUUGGCGGGAAAAAACAUUACAUCGGUGUCAAAAGGAGUUGGACAAUGGACGGGCAAUUGUGUACAGACACCACCGAAGAAAAAACUAUGGAAAAAAUUAGUGGGACCUUCCUCGAAUCUAAUGGAUAUUGUAAAUCGUUCACGUUUCGAUCAGAGACCCGUAAAAGGACCGGUGAAGACCAAAGAGGAGGAUUUCAGGUCCAGACGUAGGAAGUUGUACAGACUGACAACUGAAGAAAAACCCAUGUUCCCGUUACAGCAUAAGAACUUCUAUAACUAUGUUAUGGAAAACAAGGAAGUUGUAAAAACCUUGUCGUUAUUAUCCACUUGCACACAAGAAAUGAAACAGGAAAUGAAUCAGUUUAUAUCACGUUGGAGACCGUACAAUAUUCUAUGGAAAAAUGAGAAAACUCAAAGGGAAUUGCUUCUAGCUCAGCUUUCUGAAUUUGAAACAUCUCUAAGAAAGCACGAUGAACUGAAUGAACGGAUUUCAACUGAGCCAGAAAUAUUCGUUAUAGCUAAUUGUUUGGCUGUAUCCACUGAGAAGCUCAAAUAUGGCUUAGUAACUGAAAUAAAAUCAUGCACCCAUAGAAUUGGUCAAGCAAUGAAGAAGAAAUACAAAAGAGAAAUGGAUUACGUUUAUGCUGUUAUUAGUGAAAUGGAAAGAAAAUUGGAAAGAACUAUCAGAGAUUUGGAUGAUGUUCGUUUAAUAAUGGAUACCUUAAAGAAAAUAAGGGAGCAGGAAGUUGAAAUGGAAUUGAAAAUUGAACCAAUUGAGGACGCGUUUAACGUACUGAAUCGAUUUAAAGUGACGGUGGAACGAGAGAUUAUGGAACAGGUGGACAAUUUACGAUACACCUGGACACAACUUCUAGCUAAUGCAAUUAAAGUACAAGUUAAUCUGUUGGAUAUGCAGCCGCAAUUUCAAGAAGAUUUGAAAAAUAAUUUGGAUAAAUUUCGACAAGACAAAAUUGAUUACUGCAACGAAUACAAAAACGCAGGACCAAUGCAGCCAGGAUUGUCACCUCGAGAAGCGUCUGAUAGAUUAUUACUAUUUCAGAAUCGUUUUGAUGGCAUGUGGAGAAAAUUACAAACUUAUCAAAGUGGAGAAGAGCUUUUUGGUCUUCCACAAACAGACUAUCCAGAGUUGGCUCAAAUACGAAAAGAACUUAAUUUGUUACAAAAACUCUAUAAACUUUACAACGAUGUAAUUGAUAGAGUAAAUAGCUACUAUGAUAUACCUUGGGCUGAUGUAAAUAUAGAGGAGAUUAAUAACGAGUUGAUGGAGUUCCAAAACAGAUGUCGAAAACUACCUAAAGGAUUAAAAGAAUGGCCAGCUUUCUUUGCUCUUAAAAAAACUAUUGACGAUUUCAAUGACAUGUGUCCCUUACUGGAAUUAAUGGCAAACAGAGCAAUGAAACCUAGGCAUUGGCAAAGAAUAAUGGAUUCACUAAAUCAUAUAUUUGAUUUUGAAAGUGAUGGUUUUUGUUUAAAAAAUAUUUUGGAAGCGCCGUUACUUCAACAUAAAGAAGAUAUUGAAGAUAUUUGUAUAUCUGCGAUGAAGGAAAAAGAUAUCGAAGCAAAACUAAGGCAAGUGACAAACGAAUGGUCAGUUCAUGAACUAACCUUCAUGUCCUUCAAUAAUCGAGGAGAGUUAUUAUUGAGAGGAGAUACUACGGCUGAAACAAUUGGACAAUUAGAAGACAGUUUGAUGAUAUUAGGAUCUCUUCUUUCCAAUAGAUACAAUGCCCCAUUCAAAAAACAAAUUCAGCAAUGGGUAGUAGACCUAUCCAACACAAAUGAAAUUCUGGAACGUUGGCUCCUCGUACAAAACAUGUGGGUGUACUUGGAAGCUGUUUUUGUAGGUGGUGAUAUAGCAAAGCAAUUACCAAAAGAAGCUAAACGGUUCUCUAAAAUAGAUAAAUCUUGGCAAAAAAUUAUGCAAAGAGCUCAUGAAACACCAGGCGUUGUUUGUUGCUGUGUUGGCGAUGAUCUUUUAAAGCAACUACUGCCUCAUUUACAAGAACAGUUGGAGUUAUGUCAAAAAUCUCUCAGUGGUUAUUUAGAACGCAAACGGAUGAUGUUUCCCAGGUUUUUCUUCGUGUCAGAUCCGGCUCUUUUGGAAAUUCUUGGCCAGGCUUCAGAUUCGCACACAAUUCAAAAUCAUUUGCUUUCUAUAUUCGACAACACUAGAUACGUUAAGUUUCACGACAUUGAAUAUAAUAAAAUCACGGCUGUAAUAUCAUCAGAAGGAGAAAUGAUCCAAUUGGAAAAAGCGGUUAGAGCUGAAGGCAGUGUGGAGACAUGGCUUACUCAAUUAUUGGUUACAUCUCAAAUGUCCUUGCACUCAAUAAUUCGACAGGCUUAUCAUGUGAUCAAUGAUACAAAUUUUAAUUUAUUAUUAUUCCUGGAUAAAAUGCCUGCGCAAAUUGGUUUGUUAGGCUUGCAAAUGAUUUGGACAAGAGAUGCCGAACUGGCAUUGAUGCAGGCGAGACAUGAUAAAAAAGUAAUGCCUGACACAAACAACAAAUUUUUGGAACUAUUAAACACUCUUAUAGAUCAAACUACGAGAGACCUGACGAAAAUCGAACGAACUAAAUUUGAAACAUUAAUCACCAUCCACGUUCAUCAAAGAGAUAUCUUUGACAUAUUGUGUCGUCUUAAUGUAAGACACGUAAAUGACUUCGAAUGGUUAAAACAAUGUCGGUUCUACUUCAAAGAAGAGAUGGAUAAAACAUUGAUUAUUAUAACAGAUGUUACAUUUUCUUAUCAAAAUGAGUACCUUGGAUGUACUGAUAGGCUUGUUAUAACUCCACUCACAGAUAGAUGUUACAUUACAUUGGCACAAGCUCUAUCGAUGAGUAUGGGAGGCGCACCUUGCGGUCCUGCUGGUACAGGAAAAACAGAAACAGUAAAGGACAUGGGCAAAACAUUAGCAAAAUAUGUUGUGGUAUUUAACUGUUCUGAUCAAAUGGAUUAUAGAGGUCUCGGAAGAAUAUAUAAAGGGCUUGCCCAAUCUGGUUCUUGGGGAUGUUUUGACGAAUUUAACAGAAUUGAACUCCCUGUACUCUCAGUAGCAGCUCAACAAGUGGCUGUUGUAUUGGCAAGUAAACGAGAGAAAAAGAAGACCUUCCAAUUUACAGAUGGCGAUAUAAUAGAAAUGUGUCCAGAAUUUGGUAUCUUUAUAACAAUGAAUCCAGGAUAUGCAGGAAGAAAGGAACUACCGGAGAAUUUAAAGAUUCAAUUCAGAACCGUCGCCAUGAUGGUGCCUGACAGACAAAUCAUUAUUAGAGUAAAAUUGGCCAGUUGUGGCUUUCUAGAGAAUAUAACUUUGGCCAGAAAGUUUUAUACACUCUACAAACUUUGUGAAGAACAACUCACAAAACAGGUUCAUUAUGAUUUUGGCUUGAGAAAUAUUCUUUCGGUAUUAAGAAGUUUGGGUGCAGCAAAAAGAGUAAACAAUAAGGACACAGAAAGUACUAUAGUAAUGAGGGUACUACGAGACAUGAACUUAUCAAAACUAAUUGACGAAGAUGAACCUUUAUUUAUUUCUUUAGUCGCUGACUUGUUUCCUAAUCAAGCAUUAGAGAAGACUGCAUAUCCAGAAUUGGAAGCAGCUAUCGAUAAUCAAGUAGAAGAAGCUGGACUUGUUAAUCAUCCAUCAUGGGCUUUGAAACUCAUCCAGCUAUAUGAAACUCAAUGUGUAAGGCACGGCAUAAUGACCUUGGGUCCUACAGGUGCUGGAAAAAGUACUUGCAUUCAAAUUUUAAUGAAAUCUUUAACACAACUGGGCAAUUUCCAUAGGGAAAUGAGAAUGAACCCAAAAGCUAUCACUGCUGCUCAAAUGUUUGGUAGAUUAGAUGUAGCUACCAAUGAUUGGACAGAUGGAAUAUUUUCAGCCCUGUGGCGAAAAACUUUAAAAUUAAAAUCCGGAGAGCAUGUAUGGUUAGUUCUGGAUGGUCCAGUUGAUAGUAUAUGGAUUGAAAACCUAAAUUCAGUUCUUGACGACAACAAAACUCUUACUCUGGCUAACGGUGAUCGUUUGUCAAUGGCUCCCACCUGCAAAAUUAUUUUUGAACCUCACAAUAUAGACAACGCUUCUCCGGCGACUGUUUCCAGAAAUGGUAUGGUUUACAUGAGCUCUUCCGGCCUUGAUUGGAAACCGGUAGUGCAAGCCUGGUUGAAGAAACGGAGUCCCAGGGAACAGGAAGUUUUUCAGGCCCUGUUCGACGAAUCUUUUGGCGAACUUUAUAGUUGGGGUACUCAAAUGUUAACUCUGGUUAUUGAUGUUCUUCAAUGUAAUAUUACACUUCAAAUACUCAAUUUAUUAGAAGGUUUGGUGCCUCUUCAAAUAGAACCAAAUGAUGAAUUGUCUACGGCUAAGUCGGAUCUUGAUAUGGAUGAAGAAUUAACGGAAGAAACAGAAAAACCAGAAGAGAGAAAAAUAUUGACAUCUGAACAUCUAGCAAAACUAUACGUUUUUGCACUCAUUUGGGGAAUGGGAGCAUUUUUAGAAGUAGACGAUAGAAAAAAAUAUGAUGUGUUUUUAAAAGAAACAUUUACAUCCCUGGACAUACCAAAACCUGACCGAAAAAAUCCUGAUACGACCGUAUUCGAUUAUGUGGUAAACGACGAUGGUAACUGGGUAAUGUGGUCCUCGAUGGUAACAAAUUACGUUUACCCAGAAACAGCCAGUCCUGAAUAUGCCAGCAUUUUAAUCCCAAUUCCUGAUAACGUCCGUAUAAAUUACUUAAUAGACACCAUUGCCAAACAGGAAAAAGCUGUACUUCUUAUUGGCGAACAAGGUACAGCCAAAACUGUAAUGAUGAAAUCAUAUAUGAAGAAAUUGAAUCAGGAAAUAUACUUAAAUAGAGCGUUUAACUUUUCGAGUGCCACAUCACCAUAUCAAUUUCAGAAGACUAUUGAGAGUUAUGUGGAAAAGCGAAUGGGUAACACAUUUGGCGCCCCAAAUGGAAAGAAAAUGAUAAUUUUUAUAGAUGAUAUAAAUUUACCAGAAAUUAAUUGCUGGGGUGAUCAAGUUACCAAUGAAAUUGUACGACAAACUAUGGACAUGGGUGGUUUUUAUAGCUUAGAAAAGCCUGGGGAAUUCACUACAAUCAUAGAUGUUCAGUUUGUUGGUGCCAUGGGACAACCAGGAGGAGGAAGAAACGACAUACCUUCAAGACUUAAAAGACAUUUUUGCAUAUUUAAUUGCCCACUUCCCAUGGAUGCUUCUAUUGAUAAAAUAUUUGGUAUUAUUGCUCAGGGGCAUUACAAUGUUAAAAGAGGAUUUACCGCAGAAGUAAGAAAUUUAAUAAAGAAAUUGGUACCCCUAACGAGAAUAUUAUGGAGUCAUACCAGAGCAAAUUUACUUCCAACUCCGGCAAAAUUCCACUAUGUUUUCUCUUUAAGGGAUCUGUCCAAAAUAUGGCAAGGAAUGGUCGGUACUCUUUCGACAGUAAUUGAAUCUGAAGGUUGCUUAAUGGUUCUUUGGAAGCACGAGUGUUCUAGAGUCUUUUCCGAUAGAUUUACUAUAGAAAAAGACAAAGAGUGGUUUAAUACAGAACUAAUGAAUCUUGUUGAAGAACAUCUUGGACCUGACUUACGAAAGAAAACUGAACCUAAUCCCGUGUUUGUUGAUUUUAUGAGAGAUGCCCCUGAACCAACCGGUGAAGAAGGUGAGGAUGCCGACAUGGAACUUCCAAAGGUUUAUGAACCUGUAAGUGAUGAAAAUGAACUUCGUGAAAGGUUAGACAUGUUUUUGGCACAAUUCAAUGAAAUGGUUAGAGGUUCAGGUAUGGAUUUGGUAUUUUUUCCUGACGCAAUGUUACAUUUGGUAAAGAUUUCAAGAGUUAUACGUCAUCCUAGAGGAAACGUUAUGUUAGUAGGUGUUGGUGGAAGCGGUAAACAGUCAUUAACAAAAUUAUCUUCCUUCAUAGCUGGUUAUAAGAAUUUCCAAAUAACACUAACCAGAUCUUAUAACAUAGCAAAUUUCCUUGAAGAUCUUAAGGCAUUAUACAGAAGUUGUGGGUGCCAGGGUAAAGGAACCACAUUCAUAUUUACAGAUUUGGAUAUUAAAGAAGAAGGAUUUCUUGAGUAUUUAAACAACAUACUUUCAUCUGGAAUAAUAUCUAAUCUGUUUACAAAGGAUGAACAGGCAGAAAUAAUUCAAGAAUUAACACCCAUAAUGAAACGAGAAAAUCCCAAGAGAACUAUAAAUCAGGAAACAGUAAUGGAAUAUUUUAUGAAUCGAACUUGCCAAAAUUUGCAUGUAGUAUUUUGUUUUUCACCUGUAGGAGAAAAAUUCAGAAACAGAGCCCUACGGUUUCCUGCUUUAAUCUCAGGUUGUACUAUUGACUGGUUCCAACCAUGGCCCAAGGAUGCACUCAUACUUGUCGCAAGACACUUCCUUUCUGAGUUUGAAAUUGCCUGUACAGAUCAAGUCAAGGAUCAACUUGUGAAUGCUCUGGGAUCCAUACAAGAUAUUGUAUCAGAGACAUCUGCUGAAUAUUUUCAAAGAUUUCGACGAGCGACUCAUGUGACACCCAAAUCAUAUUUAAACUUUAUAGCCGGAUACAAAUCAAUUUAUAAAAACAAACAAAAGGAACUGAGCAAUGGUGCUCUAAGAAUGGAUACAGGUUUAGAAAAACUAGCAGAAGCUUCAUCAUCCGUUUUAAUACUGAAGAAAGAUUUAGCCAUGAUGGAAAAGGAACUAGCCGAAGCUUCCCAUAAAGCGGAAAGAGUCUUAACUGAAGUAACCGAACGGGCGAUGCAGGCUGAGCAAGUUAAAAAUCAAGUACAAAAAGUGAAGGAGAAAGCAGAAAUACUGGUACAAUCUAUAGCUGUUGAAAAAGCUUUGGCAGAAGAAAAAUUGGAAGCAGCUAAGCCGGCUUUAGAAGAAGCUGAGGCGGCUUUAAACACCAUUAAACCUGCACAUAUUGCAACUGUUCGAAAACUGGGUAGACCUCCACAUUUGAUUAUGAGAAUUAUGGACUGCGUACUUAUUCUGUUUCAAAGAAAAUUACACCCAGUUGUCGGAGAUCCUGCUGCAUUUUGCCCUAAACCUUCUUGGCAGGAAUCUUUAAAGAUGAUGGCUUCUACGACAUUUUUACUUCAGCUUCAAAAUUAUCCUAAAGAUAUUAUCAACAACGAAAUGGUGGAUUUGUUAGAACCCUAUUUUAGAAUGGAAGACUAUAACAUGGACACUGCAAAAAGAGUAUGCGGUGAUGUAGCCGGGUUACUUUCAUGGACCAAAGCCAUGGCUUUUUUUCACAGUGUAAACAGAGAAGUUUUACCCCUAAAAGCCAAUCUUACUCUUCAAGAAGCUAGAUUGAAACUUGCAAUGGAAGAUUUAGCAGCUGCUGAACAACAGUUAGAAGAACGUGAACAAUCGCUAAGGGAAGUCAAAGACCAAUAUGAUAAAGCUGUUAUGGAAAAACAAAGACUUACAGACGCUGCAAACUCAUGUCUACGUAAAAUGAAUACAGCUACAACUUUGAUUAAUGGACUGGGUGGUGAGAAAGUUAGAUGGACACAACAGAGUAAAGAUUUUAAAGAACAAUUAGGUCGUUUGGUGGGUGAUGUACUAUUAGCUACUGGAUUUCUCUCAUAUUGUGGACCUUAUAAUCAAGAAUUUCGCGCAAAUCUUGUACAGACAUGGAUGGAAAUAUUACGAACGAGACAAAUUCCUUUUACAUUAAAUUUAAAUAUUAUUAGCAUGUUGGUUGAAAGUGCAACUGUCUCUGAAUGGACUCUGCAAGGAUUGCCGAAUGACGAACUAUCUGUACAAAAUGCACUUAUUGUGACUAAAUCAAGGUCAUAUCCUUUACUGAUUGACCCUCAAAAUCAAGGAAAAAUGUGGAUAAAGAAUAAGGAAGCAAACAAUAACCUACAAAUUACUUCUCUUAAUCAUAAAUAUUUUAGAACUCAUUUAGAAGACUGCUUAUCGUUGGGAAAACCAUUAUUAAUAGAAGAUAUUGAUAUUGAAUUAGAUCCAGUGCUAGAUAAUGUUUUAGAAAAGAAUUUUAUUAAAUCAGGAUCAAUUGAAAAAGUUAUUGUAGGCGAUAAGGAAUGUGACGUUCUAAAAAAUUUCAUGCUAUAUAUUACCACAAAAUUACCAAAUCCACCAUACUCACCAGAAAUAAGUGCUAAAACAUCAAUUAUAGACUUUACCGUCACCAUGUUAGGAUUGGAAGACCAAUUACUUGGCAGAGUCAUAUUAAUGGAAAAAACUGAUUUAGAAGCCGAACGAGUAGCUCUAUUCGGAUCAGUGAUGGAAAAUCAAAAGAGAAUGAAAGAGCUUGAAACAAACCUUUUGAGCCGGUUGAAUUCAACGCAGGGUUCACUUGUCGAUGACGAGGAACUGAUCAAUGUUUUACAAGUAACGAAAACAACAGCGGAAGAAGUAACUCAAAAUCUCUCAGUGUCCGUUCAAACUGAGAAAAAGAUCAAUAUUGCUAGAGAAGAAUUUAGAAGUGUCGCUGCAAGAGGGUCCAUUUUAUAUUUUUUGAUCGUAGAAAUGAGUAAUGUUAAUGUUAUGUAUCAGAAUUCUCUUAAGCAAUUUUUAAUAAUUUUCGACAAUUCUAUUACAAAAUCUGAAAAAAGUAAUGUUACAACUGAAAGAAUAGACAUCAUACUAAAAUAUUUAACACAUGAGGUUUGGACGUUUACUCAGAGAAGUUUAUAUGAGAGACACAAGGUGUUAUUUACUUUAAUGAUGGCUAUGAAGAUUGAUUUACAUAAAGGUGUAAUUACACAUGAAGAAUUCCUUGCAUUUAUUAAAGGCGGAGCAUCUCUUGAUUUAAAUGCUGUCGACCCAAAACCAUUCAAAUGGAUCUUGGAUAUAACUUGGUUAAAUUUAGUGGAAAUUAAUAAACUAGAAACCUUUUCUGAAAUAUUAAAAAAGAUUGAAACAAAUGAGAAGGAAUGGAAGUAUUGGUAUGAGAAAGAAAAACCAGAAGAGGAAGAUAUACCGUGUGGCUAUCAAAAAAGUUUGGAUGUUUUCCGAAAAUUACUGUUAAUUAGAUCUUGGAGCCCAGAUAGAACUUUAUCACAAGCUAGGAAAUACAUUAUGGAUUCACUUGGCAAUGAGUAUGGAGAACCGUGUAUCUUGGACUUGGAACAAACUUGGAGUGAAUCAGAACCAGGGACACCUCUUAUAUGUAUUUUAUCCAUUGGAUCUGAUCCUUCUCCACAAAUAUCAGCUCUAGCUAAAUUGAAAGAAAUACCUCUAAAAGCCGUAUCCAUGGGACAAGGGCAGGAAGUUGUAGCAAGAGAUAUGAUUGAAACUUCAAUGGCGCAUGGUGGUUGGGUGUUAUUGCAGAACAUACAUUUGUCCUUACCAUUUGCAACAGACGUUAUGACCAUGUUAGUGGACUCAGAAAAAAUGGAUGAUUCUUUCAGGAUAUGGCUUACGACAGAAGUACAUGAACAAUUUCCCAUUGGUUUACUUCAAAUGGCCAUCAAAUUUACGAAUGAACCUCCUCAAGGCAUUCGAGCUAGUUUAAAAAGGACUUAUCAGAACAUUACUCAAGACUAUUUGGAUUAUUCUACCCAAUCGCAGUGGCCACCGUUAUUGUAUGCAGUAGCUUUCUUGCACACGGUAGUUCAAGAACGCAGAAAGUUUGGCCCGUUGGGAUGGAAUGUGCCGUAUGAAUUUAAUCAAGCGGACUUUGCAGCCAGUGUGCAAUUCAUUCAAAAUCACUUGGAUGAUAUGGAUCCAAAAAAGGGUGUAUCUUGGCCUACUGUUUGUUAUAUGCUUGGAGAGGUUCAGUAUGGUGGUAGAGUUACCGACGAUUUUGAUAAACGAUUAUUAACUACUUUUACACAGGUGUGGUUUUGUGAUGUUCUUCUAAGGCCUGGUUUCGAGUUCUAUAAAGGGUACAAAGUACCGCAAACGAGGAAUCUUCAGGGCUAUGUUGAUUACAUAAAUGGCUUACCAAACACUGACACACCGGAAGUUUUCGGGCUACAUGGAAAUGCUGAUAUAACAUACCAAAUCAAUACUGCAAAGGGUAUAUUAGAUACUAUAUUAAGUGUGCAACCAAAAGAGGGUGGAGGUGGAGGUGGUGAAACCAGAGAAAGUAUUGUUUACAGUUUAGCUGAAGAUAUGCUGGAAAAACUUCCUAAAAAUUAUAACAGUUUUGAAGUUAAAGAGGCGUUACAACGUAUGGGUCCAUUGUUACCAAUGAAUAUAUUUUUAAGACAGGAAAUAGACAGAAUUCAAAAAGUCAUUAAGGAGGUUCAAUCAACAUUAACCGAUCUCAAACUUGCGAUUGAUGGAACAAUAGUAAUGAGUCAAAAUCUAAGAACAGCCCUGAAUGCCAUGUAUGACGCUAGAAUUCCCGACAGAUGGGAAAAGAUAUCCUGGGAGUCUGCUACGUUAGGCUUUUGGUAUACGGAACUUUUAGAAAGAGAUGCACAAUUUAGAACGUGGUGUAACAACGGAAAACCAAGUGUAUUUUGGAUGACAGGCUUUUUUAAUCCUCAAGGAUUUUUAACAGCCAUGAGACAGGAUGUGACAAGAGCUCAUAAAGGUUGGGCCUUGGAUUCUGUCGUCUUGCAAAAUCAAAUCACAAAAUACUCAAAAGAAGAUCUAAAGGAAGGCCCCCACGAAGGUGUUUAUGUGCAUGGCCUCUUCCUAGAAGGUGCCAGUUUAGACAGAAGGUCGGGGAAAUUGGUGGAGAGCAAACCCAAAGUUCUUUAUGAGCAAAUGCCUGUGAUAUAUAUUUUUGCUAUCAAUACCACAGCCGGCAAAGAUCCGAAACUUUAUGAAUGUCCUAUUUAUAGAAAGCCGCAGCGCACAGAUCAAAAGUAUGUUGGCUCGAUCGAUUUUGAAACAGAUCAUAAUCCUAGACAUUGGACCCUUAGAGGAGUUGCACUAUUAUGUGAUAUUAAGUAAAUUAGGACAAUAAUGAAACAUUAUAGAUGUGUGCUUUCAUAUAAUUUAA